UGAACUAAAAGACCCCCUCUCAUUGUCAAUCCUACCCCGCCAAAUCCCACACUCAUUUCACCAUGUUUUGCUCCUCCUGAUUCACUCAUUUUGCGCUUGCUUCUUUGCCUUUUGACUUCUUUGCUGAUCAUGCAUUGAAUUCAGCUAAAUCAUUCACUUUCAUGCUCAAGUCCAUCCUUUUCUUGCAGAAGCUCUGAGCUGUAAAGCUUUGACACUUGCACAGCACUAAUGGAGGUCAAUGAAGAUUUUUCACAGAAGAAGGGAGUAGAUGAAGUUGUCCUUAUGAUUCCAAGCGCUGAAAGCAGAGAAUCUUCACCAAAACCAAAGUCUAAGCCAGUAGAGCAUGAAAAUCCCCCAUCAAGUUCACAAGUCUCCAAUUUGACGAGGCCAUCGUCUCAAGAGCUCACUCAAUCAAUCCCGACUCCGAGUGAGCUUCCGAACAUCCCAACCAAAAAAUCAAUCUCACAGUUUUCGUUUAAGAGGAUGAAAUCAAGAUCAAUGGAAGAUGAUGAGGAUGUGUGCAAGACUGUAGAUCUGGUGUCUCAAGUGAUGUCGGUGGUUGUUUUGGCUCAGUUGGUCGCGUUUGUGUGCAUCACCGGGCUUCUGAUAGCAAGUUUAACCAUUCCUUGUCUACGAAAUACAGUAGUUUGGGAAGUGCGACUGUGGAGAUGGUGUUUGCUGAUGUUGGCAGUCCUUUGUGGCAGCUUGGUGACUGACUGUUUGAUCACGUUAUUGGUUCUCUUGAUUAAGAAGAAAUAUCUGCUCAAAAAGAAUGUUUUGUACUUUCUCUUUGCAUUGAAGGACAGUGCCGAGGUGUUCGCCUGGUUGUGUCUGGUCCUUUUAGCCUGGGUUUGGCUGACAUACCAUGGAGUGAAGCGAUCGAGACACACGACUACGAUUCUGAACUGGGUCACGAGGGCGCUCGCUUCUUGUCUUAUUGGAGCUACCUUAUGGCUGAUCAAAACAUUUCUUAUUAAAUUGCUUGCUUUCUCUUUUCAACGCAAGAGAUUCUUUCAUCACAUCCAUGAUUACAUCUUUCAGUUCUACGUGAUAAGGACCCUUUCACGUCCAAAGGACAAGGUGGGUAGCCCGAGCAUUAGAGUGAUGCUAAGGCUCAAUAAGUGCAUUAAAGGAGCUGUGAGGAAGCUAGAGGUGAACAUAUCGAAGCUACCUGAGAUGAAGCUGGAUGAAGUUUCUGCUUGGACGACGAUAAAAUUGAUUGACGUCAUUAGCAGAUGGGAUGAGCUAUCGCCUCUUACCGAUUCCCUCGAUGAGGUUGAGCAACAAGACAAGGAGAUCACCGAUGAAAAAAAAGCCAAGGAAUUGGCCAAAGCUAUAUUCAAGACCGUAGCCAAGCCAGGGAGCAAGCUUAUCGAGGAGGAUGACCUUUUGCGCUUCAUGCCGAAGGAACAUAUCGAGAAAUUCUUUGACUUCUUUCCCGAAGCGAAAGAAACUCGGAAAAUCAGGAAGUCGUUUUUCAAGAGCUGGAUGGUGAAUGUCUAUCGUAAAGGGAAAUCACUCACUCACUCCUUAGAUGAUGCGAAAACAGCCAUUGAGGAGCUGAAUAACCUUGCUUCAGCAGUUUUGCUCAUCGUGGUCAUCAUUCUGUGGUUGCUUCUGACAGGAUUAUUGAAGAUGCAAGUGCUCAUCUUUAUUUCGUCGCAGCUUUUGCUUUUCGUGUUCAUAUUUGGGGACGCUGCCAAACAAUUGUUCGAAGCCAUAUUGUUUGUAUUUGUGAUGCAUCCGUUCGAUGUGAGUGACUGCUGUGUUGUCGAUGAAGUUGAGAUGGAGGUUGAGGAUAUGAAUAUCCUUACUACUGUCUUCCUGAAAAACAACGGUGAAAAGAUAUCUUACCCAAAUUCAGUUCUGUCCUCUAAACCCAUCAGCAAUUUCAACAGGAGCCCGAACAUGAGCGAAUCUGUGGAGUUCAUGGUUGAUUUCUCCACUUCAGUCAAGAGCCUUGAAGCUUUGAAAUAUAAAAUAACAAUGUACUUGGAUAGCAAGCCGAAAGACUGGAACCCAGUUCACAGAGUUGUCGUUAAGGAGAUUGUAGAUGCUGGCCACUUGAAGAUGGCUCUCCACGUCACCCACAAAACGAAUUUCCAAAAUGCCACUGAAAGGACUGACAGGAGAUCCAAUCUAGUGCUGGAGCUGAAGAAAAUCCUCGAAGAACUCCGUGUGCUUCCUCAGUAAGUUCGUUGCAGUCAGACCGGGUCGGCGGUCGCUGCUGUGCAUGGUUAUGACAACUCCAGGAGUAUGGCGUUCCUAGUAAUCUGCAAGUUUCUUAGAAUGGGACUUCAUUUCCGCCUUUUAUUUUCUGCAAUAUGUAAUCUGCAAGCGUGUGACUGUUCUUUGCUUGAUCAUAAAUCACAGUGCAUAAGAAUUACAAUGUACCUCUAUAUAUAGACUAGAGCAAACUUUCAAAUAACAGUGACGUCUAUAUCAACUUGUAAC